UUUCUUUCAGGGAAAUCUGAUGAACCAAGUUGUGCUUGUGACCAGUUUCAUUGUGCUAAUGGGAAGUGCAUUCCAGAAAGUUGGAAAUGUAAUAAUAUGGAUGAAUGUGGAGACAACUCAGAUGAAGAAAUCUGUGCCAAAGCUAAUCCUCUGGCAGCUUCUUCCUUUCAACCUUGUGCUAGCAAUGAGUUCCAGUGUCUUUCUCGCUUCACCAAGCUUUACACUUGCCUUCCAGAAUCUUUAAAAUGUGAUGGUAACAUUGAUUGUCUUAACCUAAGAGAUGAAAUAGACUGUGAUGUGCCAACAUGUGGGCAGUGGUUAAAAUACUUCUAUGGUACUUUCAGUUCUCCCAACUAUCCUGACUUCUAUCCACCUGGAAGCAACUGCACCUGGCUGAUAGACACUGGUGACCAUCGCAAAGUAAUUUUGCGAUUCACUGAUUUUAAACUUGAUGGUACAGGGUUUGGAGACUAUGUCAAAAUAUAUGAUGGAUUAGAGGAGAAUCCACGGAGGUUGUUGCGUGUGCUGACAGCAUUUGACUCUCAUGCUCCCCUCACGGUUGUUUCAUCCUCAGGACAGAUAAGAGUGCAUUUUUGUGCUGACAAAGUGAAUGCUGCAAGAGGAUUCAAUGCCACCUAUCAAGUAGAUGGCUUCUGCUUGCCCUGGGAAAUCCCAUGCGGUGGAAAUUGGGGUUGCUACACAGAGCAGCAGCGCUGUGAUGGUUACUGGCACUGUCCAAAUGGAAGGGAUGAAACCAACUGCACCAUGUGCCAAAGAGAUGAGUUUCCCUGUUCUCGAAAUGGUGUUUGCUAUCCUCGUUCAGAUCGCUGCAACUACCAGAAUCAUUGCCCUAAUGGUUCAGAUGAAAAAAAUUGCUUCUUCUGUCAACCAGGAAAUUUUCAUUGUAAAAAUAACCGCUGUGUGUUUGAGAGCUGGGUUUGUGAUUCGCAAGAUGACUGUGGUGAUGGCAGCGAUGAGGAGAAUUGCCCAGUCAUUGUGCCCACUAGAGUAAUAACUGCAGCUGUCAUUGGGAGUCUUAUUUGUGGAUUGCUGCUUGUCAUUGCACUGGGAUGUACUUGUAAAUUGUACUCACUCAGGAUGUUUGAGCGAAGAUCAUUCGAAACUCAUUUGUCAAGGGUUGAGGCUGAACUCUUAAGAAGAGAAGCUCCUCCAUCCUAUGGACAGUUAAUUGCCCAGGGUUUAAUUCCACCAGUUGAAGAUUUUCCUGUUUGUUCACCAAAUCAGGCUUCAGUUCUGGAAAACCUGAGACUGGCAGUACGAUCUCAGCUUGGAUUUACCUCAAUCAGACUUCCUAUUGCUGGCAGAUCAAGUAACAUUUGGAAUAGAAUUUUUAAUUUUGCAAGGUCACGUCAUUCUGGAUCAUUGGCAUUGGUCUCAGCGGAUGGAGAUGAUGUUGCCAGCCAAAGUACUAGCAGAGAAACUGAAAGAAAUAGUACACACAGAAGUCUGUUUUCAGUUGAAUCUGAUGAUACAGACACAGAAAAUGAAAGAAGAGACACAGCAGGAGCAGUCGGUGGUGUUGCAGCCACCUUGCCUCAGAAGGUCCCUCCUGCAACAGCAAUAGAAGCAACAGUAGGAGCAUGUGGGAGUUCCUCAGCUCAGAGCGGCAGUAGCUGUAACACGGAUAGCGGAAGAGAAGUGACAAGUGUAGAGCCCCCAAGCACGAGUCCCGCACGUCACCAGCUCACUAGCGCGCUAAGUCGUAUGACUCAAGGCUUACGCUGGGUACGCUUUACCUUAGGGAGAUCGAGCGCAGUGAAUCAGAACCAAAGUCCUUUGAGACAGCUUGAUAACGGGGUAAGUGGAAGAGAAGAGGAUGAUGAUGUUGAAAUGUUAAUUCCAGUCUCUGAUGUAGCCUCAGACUUUGACAUGAAUGACUGUUCAAGACCUCUACUUGAUCUCAGCUCAGAUCAAGGACCAGGGCUUAGACAGCCUUACAGUGCAACACAUCACGGUGUAAGGUCAUGCAGUCGAGAUGGCCCCUGUGAGAGCUGUGGCAUCGUACACACUGCCCAGAUACCCGACACUUGCUUAGAAGCAACAGUGAAAAAUGAAACUAGUGACGAUGAGGCGUUACUACUCUGCUAGGUACGGAUUGUUUAGGAAAGAUUGUGUACAAGUUGGAGCAAUAUCUGUCAUUGUUUUGUACUUCACAAUUAAAACUAGUUUUUAGUUUUAAAAAAUCCAGGACAACAUUCUGUUAAAGCUGUUUUAGCCUGUGUGGUUGAUUAAACAUUUCUUAUACUGGAUGACAUUAUGGAACUAUGAGAGUGAACGCUUUAAUGGCUCUGGAUACACGAUGUGUGUAUCCAGCGUAAUCUGAUUACUCGUUAAACUGAAGUUAUCCCCGUUAGUUUCACAUUUAGUUUAUCCUGGUACUGUAGCUUAAACCAGAAACACGGCUGCUCAAGACUGACUUGGCUGCCUGUUUAACCC